AUGGUCCAGACCACGCGAGCUGCAAAAUACCUUGGCGUCUUGGUGGACAAUAAACUGACUUGGAGGGAGCAGAUUUUCCGUACAGCGGACAAGGCCUCUAAGAUGGUAACUCAUCUUAGCAGGCUCAUGGCCAACGUCGGCGGUCCUAAGCCCAGCAGAAGAAGACUGUUGAUGUCUGCAGUCCAGUCCCGUCAAGCGGCGCUCCGGGUGUGUUCCGCCUACCGUACAGUGUCUGAGCCUGCCGUCCUGGUUAUUGCUGGAGUCAUCCCCAUCAAGCUUUUGGCAGGGGAGAGGAAGGUGGACACGGUCUGUAACCGGAUGUUGGAGGGCGAGGACUACUGGUGCUGCUUGUCCAGCUUUGCGCAGGGUAUACUCCGCGCCAAAAAGAGUGGUCUGGACCGGAACCCGGGACAGAUUCAAGAUCCGAACGGCUAG